AAGAAGAAGAAGAAGAAGAAGAAGAAGAAGAAGAAGAAGAAGAAGAAGAAGAAGAAGAAGAAGAAGAAGAAGAAGAAGAAGAAGAAGAAGGAAGCAGGUUCUAGGCAUCAUUUCAAUAAAUACGACAUCACUCUUUUGUCCCAAAUCGACGUCCUCAAAUGA